GCUGUUCGUUUCUCCCGACAGAGCCCGAGCUCCCGCAGGCCGGGGAUCCGUUCUCUUGUACCCGGGGCCGCCAUGGCUCUGAGGGAGCUGAAAGUCUGUCUGCUGGGGGAUACCGGCGUAGGCAAGUCCAGCAUUGUAUGGAGAUUUGUAGAAGACAGUUUUGACCCGAAUAUUAAUCCGACCAUUGGCGCAUCGUUCAUGACCAAGACCGUGCCACAUCAGAACGAACUCCAUAAAUUCCUCAUUUGGGACACUGCUGGUCAGGAGCGUUUCCGUGCAUUGGCCCCAAUGUACUACAGAGGUUCUACAGCAGCCAUCAUUGUGUAUGAUAUAACGAAAGAGGAAACCUUCUCAACAUUAAAGAACUGGGUGAAGGAGCUGCGGCAGCACGGACCGCCCAACAUUGUGGUUGCAAUAGCAGGAAACAAGUGUGACCUCAACGAUGUCAGGGAGGUUUUGGAAAAAGAGGCAAAAGACUAUGCUGACUCCAUCAACGCAGUAUUCGUGGAAACCAGUGCGAAGAACGCCAUUAACAUUAAUGAGCUGUUUAUAGAAAUAAGUAAAAGGAUCCCCUCAGCCAACGCUGGUGCCACUUCUGGAAAAGGUUUCAAGCUAAGGAGACAGUCGUCAGAAGUCGAGCGCCGAUGCUGCUGACAUUAAGGACUGGUGCUUAUUCACAUGAGAGACAGGACUGUUGGUUUUUAUGCCAAGCAGUGCCAGCCGUCCCUAUCUCCCAAUAUGUAUACCCAGCUUGCAGCACAAUAAGGGAAACCACGGUGUGUAUAUGCCUCUACCUUUAUUAUCUAAAGGGAAAACACCUUUCUGUUUGUGCCACGGAGUGUGCCGUCCAUUUAAGGAUUCAUCUUUUUAAUAGCUCUUCUGUAUGAUAAUACAUCUAAACGUCCCCAUUGACUAACAGCGGAGUGUUGGGGAAUCCAACAUUUUUUAUGGAUUUUGUGAUUGACUUUAUCAUUCUACAUUUUGUAUCCAUUUCUCAGUCAUUUUACCUUCACCGGGAAAAUGCAGGACCCCCUGUCGGCUCUUUCGUAAGGUUUGGUACCAAUAUCCAGUUGCCCGUUCUCAGUACAAAACCUGCCUACUCAUAAGCAUGCUUCUCUUCAGUUGGAUUGGGGGAAAUACUUCUGCUUAUUGAUGCCACUGGAUAACUGGGAAUUGCAGUUCCACAUCAGAUGGAGGACCAAAUGGACUGAAAUAGUUUAAAGGGUAACUAUCGCGAAAAUUUAAAUUUAAAAUAAGCUUCAGCACACUGAAAUAAGAAGUUUUUUAAAUAUAAUCAAUUAAAAAUUCGAGACCAUUUCUGAAAUAAUCAAGUUUAUCUUCACUAUCCCUCUCUCUGUAUCUGUUUUUCUUCAUUCUCUCUUCAUGCAGGAGUCGGGUGUCAAUAAUCAGUGACAGUUAGAUAUAAUAUAUCUUAUAGGAGGGCUCCUUUUGCCUAGAAAAUGUAUCGGCGCUCACUCUAUUAAAAUCACCAGACUUCAUGUCUCUCUACAUGCAGGAUUUGUGCAAAAGGCCGUUAUUUUGUUAGAUUUUUGUUUGUACUGGAAUCAGAUAUUUCAGUGAGCUCUAAAAUAUCUGCUAGGAAAGUAAGCCCCCUAUAAGAUAUAUUGGAUCUAACGGUUAAUGACACCCAAAUCUGACACCCAAAUGUUGCAAGAAGACAGAAUGAAGAGAAACAGAUGCUGAGAGAGGAAUAGUGAAGCUAAACUUGAUUAUUUCAGAAUAUUUAAUUGAUUGUAUUUAGAAAGUUUCUUGUUUCAGUAUGAUGAAGCUUAUAUGAAAUUUUAAUUUUCGCGGCAUAUUUUAGGGCAACAAUUCCUAGUCCAGAAGUGAAACACAGAACAAUACUGAUUAUUCAUCAAUUAGUCUUAAAUGUAUUAAACCCUGUUAUUUGGGGGUCUAAAUUAUUUUCUUAGCAUUCACUUUUAACUUCUCUUUAUGUAUUAACCCUGUGCCUUCUGGUGAGCAGGUCAUCCUUUUUUUUCUGCUAUUUAUAACUUAUAAACUGCCCUAUGGUUUUGCACAGCUUGUAUAAGCAUUAGAAUUCCAUGGAGGCCAGGAUCGUUACACUGAUCCCAUUGGCAGUUUAUUUAUAAUCCCUGGGUGUGUGGGGUUAUUAGAUAAGUCCAGAUGCCCAGUGUUGUUAUGUUGUUGCACAAAGUGUAAAAUUCAGUAGGGCAGAUACAGUCACUAAUUUAGCUUUGUACAGGUAAAUGGAUUUUGUACAAUAAAUAAAAAUGAAAACUCGCCAAGG